GACAUUUGUCCUGCAUUGAAUUUGUAGUGUUCGGAAUUUCAAAGCUUUUUUUUGUUUUUGAAACGUCUCUCCAACUGCCCUUAUGGAACCAUGCCUAGUGAGCUGCGUGUUUCUCACCGAGACAUUUAGCGAACGGACACGUUACUUGAUGAGCGGUAGAUGAAAGAUUCAUAGCGACAAAUGUGAUUUGCUCUUUCUGGAAUUGGCUGUUACAGAAGGAAUGUGAACAUAUGUUGUUGGUUUUUUUUUUUUUAAUUAGAUACGGUUUAACUGUCGUAUUUCGAGCAUUUUUGUUGUUUCAGCUCACGUCAGGUUUCUGCUAAUAGAACGAAUGUCCACAGCGAUGCUAACAGCUGUGCUGGACGCCACUGAAAUGUUUAUGUUUUUGUUUCUGCAACAUUAUUAACCCCGCUUAAUUACACAGCAGUGAUAGUCUUCGUGUUCCUCCAGCUCACACACCAGCCUUUGAUCCAAAACUAUACACAGGAUGCCUAAUGCCAGUGCAAGGCCGAAGCACGGCAGGAGAACCCGAAGGCGACGCCGACCGGACCCAGCCAGGAAUGAGCUGGUCUCUAGUUCCUUGGAAAGUGCCCAGCAGUGUCUGUUCAGCCAAGAUUAUGGAACUGCAUUUGUGCACUACCUUCUUGUCCUCAACCUUGCACCUGUGUUUAAGGACUUUGCAAAGGAGUCCUUCAGGUUCACUCUGUUUAAAUGGGCUGAAGAGCUGGACUCUGUGGGACGCAUUCAGGACCUCUUUGAUUGUUACGAACAAGCGCUGGAACUGUACCCUGCUGAUGAGGUCAUCCUAAACAGCAUGGGCGAACACCUGUUCAGGAUGGGAUUUAGAGAUGAAGCUGCAGGUCAUUUUCACAAAGCCUUGAAGCUGAGACCAGACUUUCCCGAGGCCAGAGAGAACUUCUACCGCGUGGCCAACUGGCUGGUGGAACGUUGGCAUUUCCUUAUGCUCAAUGACCACGGGAGGAACCGGAAGUAUCAGCAGGCCAUUCAGAAGGCUGUUCAAAACGGCUGCAACACUGUACUUGACAUAGGUACUGGCACUGGAAUCCUUGGUAUGUGCGCCAAGAAGGCAGGGGCUGCAGAGGUCUACGCCUGCGAGCUGUCAAAGACGAUGUAUGAACUGGCCUGUGAGGUGGUGACUGCUAAUGGAAUGGAUGGAAGCAUCAAGAUCCUCCAUAUGAAAUCCCUGGAUAUGGAAGUGCCAAAAGAUGUCCCGCACAGAGUAUCGUUGGUGGUGACAGAGACAGUAGAUGCAGGAUUGUUUGGAGAGGGCAUCAUAGAGAGUCUUAUUCAUGCUUGGCACCACCUCCUGCUGCCUCCACAGAGGGGUGAGAAUGAAUUUGGGGAUCGUUCUGCUACAGGACGGGUCAUCCCUGCUGGAGCCACUGUGUUCGGCAUGGCUGUCGAAUGCCUUGAGAUCCGCCGGCAUCACAGGCUCUGUGUGGCAGAAGUGGGCGGUCUGUCCAUGGCUGCAGCUGGGGAGCUACGGAGUCCGGUGAGCUGCAGCUCCGAGCCAGAUGACUCCAUGGAGCCGUACACUACAGAAAGACUGAGCAGACUGCCAGGAGGAUAUAAACCACUCACUGAGCCUUUCACAGCCCUCAACAUAGAUUUCAACAAUGUGCAGGAACUGGAGGGCCUGAGCUCCAGGGAGGUUCAAGAGGUCCGGCUGCUCGUCACUCAGGAAGGAGUGCUGGAUGCUCUGGCUGUGUGGUUCCAGCUCCACCUGGACGAGGAGAGCAGCUUAUCUACUGGACCUCAGGAGGACACCUGCUGGGAACAAGCCAUCUACCCAGAGCACAGCGCCAAAGGUUUUGUCCUGAAGCCAGGAGACGAGCUGAUAGUUGAAGUCUCCUGCCGAGAUGCCUACCUGAGGCUGUGCAGUGUUGCUGUGCUGAGAGGCGGGCAUAAAAUCCCUCUGGACAAGCAUGUGGAUUCACAAUACUCUGGAAACCCAAACCUAGAGGCAGAACUGUGCAGCGCAUUAGCAUGUCUUCAGACCGGUCAGAGUCAGACUAAAGACUUCUGCGUGCUGGAAUGCUCAGAAAUGGCGCUCCUGAACAAUCAGGAGUACCAUCUGAGUUUCUGCGUCGCUUUAGCCAAACUCAUCUCUCAGCUGAAGGUAAAAUGCCAAAACCAAGAGCAGGAAUCGGCUUUUCAGUCUGACCGGGCCGUCUCCGCUAACUGCAGCAGCAUGUUCUAUGUGCUGGACGUGUCGGAAGGCUUCUCCCUGCUGUCCCUCAUCGCUGCUGGCCAAGGUCAUGUGAAAGCUUACAGCUCGGUGGAAAAGACCAAGCAACAGGAAGUGCUUAAGAGACUGGCUCGCUCCAACGAUAUCUCGGAGCAGCAUCUGGAGUUCUGGCUCAAUCACACGGAGGACGAGCAGGGGAUGCUGCAGAGGCCGUCCAGGGAGAAGCUGUGGAGUGCCAUCAUCCUGGACUGUGUAGAAACCUGUGGCCUUAUAAGACAGAAGCUGAUGGAGAAAGCUUCCCUGGCCAGGUGUCUGCUGGAGGAAGGAGGACGUAUUUUCCCAGCGAAGAUCGUGGUGUACGGCAUGCUGGUGGAGUCCGAUACGUUGCUGCUGGAAAGUGCUGUGCAGGGCCAGGAACCAACGCUGGGAUUCAAUAUUGCUCCUUUCAUCAACCAGUUCACUGUGCCGGUCCAUGUGUUUCUGGACUUUUCCACACUGGAGUGCAGACAUCUUAGCGAGUCUGUGGAGCUCUUUGUUCUUGACCUGAUGGACACCAACGCAAACUACAUCCACAGAGAAGUCAAGCUCCAGGCUACAUCUGCAGGCAGAGUAACUGCAAUUCCCUUCUGGUAUCACAUCUACUUGGACCAGGAGAUCAGCGUCAGCACUCUCAACCAGAACUCUCACUGGAAGCAGGCAGCCGUUGUCCUGCAGCAGCCCCUGGAGGUACGAGCCGGGGAGUGGGUCCGACUCGCCGUGAAGCUUCACAAAAGCACCAUCUCCAUUUCGGCCCAUAUAGAGAACGCACCCGGGCAGAUGGAGUAAUAUUCUCUCACAUUCUACCAAGUUUGGUGGCAUUUUAAGUCAAAUUUACACGGCAAUAAACAGAACACAUGAAGAUUCUGGUUAUUAUAUAAAGAAUACCAGACAUACAGCCAACUUUUUCCACUUUGUCCUGCAUGACAAAACCCUUGUAGGUACCAAUGUAAGGUCAUGGGACAAUUUUAAUUUGUACUUCUGAAGAUCAUAUUUGUAAGUAUAUGAUAUAAAUAUUACUGUCCCUCCAUUAUGGACGCGGUUGUUUUUGCAAACAUGUUUGUUCAGUUCACCCCUAUGUGUCAUUUUUUAAAUAAAUGCAAGAAAGAAAACAAA